UUGUUUCUCAUUCAUUUCCAUGGACCUCAGCCAUUGACUGCUUCAGAUUUGGAUCAUUGUAUUGUGCAAAUAAAAAAAGGAACCAUUUUUUUGUAUGGCAUAACAAAAUAAUUAAGCCCCACCUGGUCUUUGGAUCUUUUAUUAAGUUUCAUAUAUAGAUAGAUUGUGCUGCAGAUCUAUUGAAAUAUGCCAAAAUAGUAGGUUUUGAAAUUAUGGAUUUUUUUGAGAAACCCGAAGCUCAGCUUUUUAUUGGGGUUGCCGUUGCUCUGCUCGCUGCUGCCGCUGCAGCCUAUGUAUACUCUUCCAAGAAGCCCAAAGGUGUUUUGGAUCCUGAGAAAUUCAAGGAAUUCAAGCUCGUGAAGCGUACACCUUUGAGUCCUAAUGUGGCAAAGUUUAGAUUUGAACUUCCAACACCCACUUCUGUUUUGGGCUUACCCAUUGGACAGCACAUUAGUUGCAGGGGUAAAGACAGUCAAGGUGAAGAGGUUAUUAAACCAUACACUCCAACUACCUUGGACUCUGAUGUUGGAUAUUUUGAAUUAGUCAUUAAGAUGUAUCCACAAGGAAGAAUGUCUCAUCAUUUCCGAGAGAUGCGUGUGGGUGAUUAUAUGGCUGUCAAGGGUCCCAAGGGUCGUUUUAAGUAUCAGUCUGGCCAGGUACGUGCUUUCGGGAUGCUUGCUGGAGGCUCCGGCAUUACCCCAAUGUUUCAGGUUGCUAGAGCUAUUCUUGAAAAUCCGAACGACAAGACGAAGGUGCACCUUAUCUAUGCCAAUGUAAAAUUUGAAGAUAUUCUUUUAAAGGAAGAGUUGGAUGGACUUGCUGCUAGCUAUCCCGAUCAGUUUAAAGUUUACUAUGUGCUAAACGAGCCCCCUGCAGUAUGGAGUGGUGGUGUUGGUUACGUAUCAAAGGAAAUGAUCCAAUCCCACUGCCCUGCACCCGCAUCUGAUAUUCAGAUACUGAGAUGUGGGCCACCACCGAUGAACAAAGCCAUGGCUGCUCACCUUGACGCAUUUGGUUACACAUCAGAGAUGCAAUUCCAAUUCUAGAACCUGUGGUUCGAGUGUUCUUUCUUCUUCAAAAUGUUGCAUUAGGACAGUGUGCUUCUCUGCAAUAAUAAUUGAGAUCCUUGAUGGGCAAUGGAUUUUAUUAUAUUUCAAGCAAUUGCCAAGAUUUGGAUAUGAAUUUUGAGUUAUAAAAAGGCUGAAAAUAACUCUAGGCUUUUUACUGA